CUCCAUUUUACAGAGCGUAUUGAAAUUUAGUUUCCCAUGGCUAGAGUUUGUCUAACCCUAGCCUUCCAAUUCAUCUUUUGCUUUUUCAUUAUUUUUGCUACAGCGGAUGAUGAGAGCUUUGUGAGAACCGUGGACAGGAAGCUUUUGGGGCUGAAGAAGGAAAAGCUUAGCCACUUCAGGCUGUAUUGGCAUGACAUUCUUGGAGGGCGCAACCCAACAGCAGUCCCAGUAGUUCCACCGUCAAGCAAUUCAUCAACAGCUUUUGGAAUGAUCAGUGUAAUCGACGACCCCUUAACCCUGGGACCUCAAUUAAGCUCAAAAAUGGUGGGCAGGGCACAAGGGUUUUACGCCUCAGCAUCCCAGCAAGAAGUUGGGUUGUUAAUGGCCAUGAAUUUUGCUUUCAUGGAAGGAAAAUACAAUGGAAGUACCAUAACAGUACUAGGGAGGAACACUGUGUUUCCAAAAAUGAGGGAGAUGCCAGUGAUUGGAGGAAGUGGGCUUUUCAGGUUUGCUAGAGGCUAUGUUCAAGCCAGAACUCACAGGUUUGAUCCUACCACUGGGGAUGCAGUUGUUGAGUAUAAUUGUUAUGUGAUGCAUUAUUGAUGCUUUUUCUGGAACUCUUUUGCUUGUUUUUCCCUUCAAGUUUAGGCGUUUUUUGGUUGGAUUAAAUCGUGUUUUCCAUUUCUGAUCUAAUAAUCUCUUUCUU